CCGCAGUCUUCCAGGCACUGGAGGCUGAGGCUAUGAUGGCGGCAGCGGCUACAGCGGCGGCCCGGAUGCGGACGGAGACGCUGCGAGUCCCGGCGCUGUGGCGGGUGCCAUGGCUGCCGCUGUUACUGUUGCUGGUGGCGGUGGUGACGGCGGCAGAGCAGCAGGUGCCGCUGGUGCUGUGGUCGAGUGACCGGGACUUGUGGGCUCCCGCGGCCGACACUCACGAGGGCCACAUCACCAGCGACAUGCAGCUGUCUACCUACUUAGACCCCGCCCUGGAGCUGGGCCCCCGGAAUGUGCUGUUGUUCCUGCAGGACAAGCUGAGCAUCGAGGAUUUCACGGCAUAUGGUGGUGUGUUCGGAAACAAGCAGGACAGCGCCUUUUCUAACCUGGAGAAUGCCCUGGACCUGGCCCCUUCCUCACUGGUGCUUCCCGCUGUGGACUGGUACGCAGUCAGCACUCUGACCACCUACCUUCAGGAGAAGCUUGGGGCCAGCCCCCUGCACGUGGACCUGGCCACCCUGCGGGAGCUGAAGCUCAAUGCCAGCCUCCCCGCCCUGCUGCUCAUCCGCCUGCCCUACACGACCAGCUCUGGUCUGAUGGCACCCAGGGAAGUCCUCACAGGCAAUGAUGAGGUCAUCGGGCAGGUGCUAAGCACCCUCCAGUCUGAGGACGUCCCGUAUACGGCAGCCCUCACGGCUGUCCGCCCUUCCAGGGUGGCCCGUGAUGUAGCCAUGGUGGCUGGGGGACUAGGUCGCCAGCUGCUACAAAAACAGCCGGUGUCCACUGUGAUCCACCCCCCUGUAAGUUACAAUACCACUGCCCCCCGGAUCCUCUUCUGGGCUCAGAACUUCUCUGUGGCCUACAAGGACCAGUGGGAAGACCUGACACCCCUCACCUUCGGGGUACAGGAGCUCAACCUGACUGGUUCCUUCUGGAAUGACUCCAUUGCCAGGCUCUCAUUGACCUACGACCAUCUCUUUGGGACCACGGUGACAUUCAAGUUCGUUCUGGCUAACCGCUUCUACCCAGUGUCUGCCCGGCACUGGUUUACCAUGGAGCGCCUGGAAAUCCACAGCAACGGCUCCGUCGUCUACUUCAAUGCCUCCCAGGUCACGGGGCCCAGCAUCUACUCCUUCCACUGCGAGUACGUCAGCAGUCUGAGCAAGAACGGCAACCUCCUGGUGGCCCGCACACAGCCCUCACUGUGGCAGAUGACUCUGCACGACUUCCAGAUUCAGGCUUUCAACGUGACCGGUGAGCAGUUCUCCUACGCCAGCGACUGUGCCGGCUUUUUCUCUCCGGGCAUCUGGAUGGGGCUGCUCACCUCCCUUUUCAUGCUCUUCAUCUUCACCUAUGGCCUGCACAUGAUCCUCAGCCUCAAGACCAUGGAUCGCUUUGAUGACCACAAGGGCCCUGCCAUCUCUCUGACCCAGAUUGUGUGACCCCGUGCCAGUGGGGGGGGGGGGUUGUGGUUGUGAUGGUGUCCAGGUUGUCAUUUUCCCACCUUAUGGUACAUGGCACUCAAGAACCCCAUCUUCCUACCAUAGCAUGAACCCCCCAGCUCCCCUCAGCCUGUCUUGCUCCCUCAUCAGCCUGCUGAGGGGCUUCCCCGAGGCUUCUCCCAGCUCUGCUGACAAGGUGUAGAUAUUCUGCAUAGAUUUUAGACCUGUCUCCCGGGGUCAGCCAUGGUAAAGCACAGGGGUCAUUAGUUCUAGGGUCCCCUUUCUCCUCCCCUUAUUUAUUCUUCUCUAUCUACCAUAAGCUCUCACUGUACAUAGCGCUUUUGUGUAGCAAGUUCUCCCUCCCCCACUUUAUGGGGCUCCCUACAGCAGCCAAGAGCUUCAGGUUGCCCGAGUUUGGCAGAAUGUGGAAGUGACCACUUCUGUGUCCCGCUUGGCUGUCGUUGUUGUAUCCUGGUGAUGUUGUGUUAACAAUCAGCAGUAUGCUGGGGUUUAUUUCUGUGACUUCAGAAGGAAGGAACCUCCGUGACAGGUGGGCUGGGUGUGACCACUUCGUUUCAGGAGCGCCUGGCAGGAGCCUGGGGUGCUCCAUUGUCUCCUUCCUAAUAAAAUAAAGAUGGGUCG